GGACCAACACUUGUCGUCAUUAAAGUUCGCAAUUCAGGGGAGAUAAUUGGAGGAUACAAUCCAUUAGAAUGGCUUGGUGGUGGUGAUAUUUCUCUAAUUGAUUACGAUAAUUAUGAUCAAUGUGAAACACCAAAUAGUUUUAUAUUUUCACUAUCAAAUCGUGCAAUUCCGAUAUUAAGUCGAGUCUCUUCUAAAAAGGAAGCGAUAAUUUGGUGUGGAAGCAAAGGACCAUGUUUUGGCUUAAAAGAUUUGCAUAUUAUUCCAUCAAAUUUUUAUAAUAAUAUUGUUUGCGAGAGUAGAAAUUACUCUUACGAGAAGAAAAUUAUUAACAAAGAAAUUUUUGAAAUAGAAGAUUAUGAAGUAUUUCAAAUUAUAGACGAGAGAUUCUCUCAACGUAUUAAUAGAAAGUUUCGGGGAAGCUUCCUAUUCUUUAUGAGGUGGUUUGGGAAAAUGUUUGAAAAUAACAGUUGCUUUCAAACCGAGUUUUGGACUACACCUAAAGGAGCGGCCCUGAUAACGGCGAUAAUAACUAUCAAUUUAUUUCUACUUUAUUUGUUUUUUCUGAAAAUCCUUUGA